GAUCUAUACAUUGCAGGUUAUUUUAACAUAGCUAUGCGAUGUCAUACUACGCACCUGAACUGGAUCUCAAGUGACGAUCACACGUACAUUGUCUGAUAUCAAUUUAGCUUUUUACUAAUCAGCUUUUUUUUUCUAGAAUUGUUUAUACCAAUCCAAAGAAAUGGAUCUUUUAACAUUUAUUGGGCUCAUCUAUGUCUGCUAUAAUCUUUUAUAUUUGAUUUAUCCCUGGUUUUUGGAUUGUAAUAUAGAACUUGCUUUAUUAACAAAAUAUGGAAAAUCUACUAAUACAUUGAAAAGUAAAGUUGUCUGGAUAACUGGCGCUUCUAGUGGGAUUGGAGAACAUUUAGCGUAUGAAUUAGCAAAAGCUGGAUGUAAAUUAAUAUUAUCUGCUAGGAGAGAGUCAAUAUUACAAGAUGUUAAAAAUACUUGUUUAAAAGAAAAUCCUGACUUGGAAGAUAACGAUAUCCUAGUUCUUGCAUUAGAUGUUUGUAAUACAAACUUACAUCAGGAAGCAUUUGAUACAAUUAUUAAAAAGUUUGGCAAGCUAGACAUACUGGUUAAUAAUGCAGGACGAAGUCAAAGAGCACAUUGGGAAAAUAUUGAAUUAAGUGUGGAUAGAGAAAUGUUUGAAUUGAAUGUAUUUUCAUACUUAUCAUUAAGUCGUAUAGCAAUGAAAUAUUUCUUACAAAACCAUCUUGGUCAGAUUGUAGUUAUAUCCAGUUUAAGUGGAAUUUUUCCAGCUCCUUACUCUGCAAGUUAUACCGGUAGCAAACAUGCAUUGCAUGGUUAUUUUAAUUCCUGUCGUGUAGAAAAAUUAGACAAAAAUUUUCCUUCUAUUACUAUAAUAUGCCCUGGACCAAUUCAAACAAACUUUUUAGCAGAAGCUUUUACAGAAAAAUCAGGAGAGAAAUUUGGAGUAGAAACAGAUAAAGCUAAAAAUAAAGUUAGUGUAGAACGUUGUGCUACACUAUCAGCAAUUGCAAUUGCAAACAAUGUUUCUGAGGCAUGGAUUUCACAAUCAUCUACAUUAUUCGUGGCAUAUUUAAUAACAUAUUUUCCGAAUAUGGGUAAAUGGUUUAUAAAGUUCAUGGGCAAACGAUUUUUAAUGAAUCUACGAGAUGCCAAAAAUGCGAAUAAACUUUAACGACCGUUUGUAUUUUCUAAUUAUGCAAUAUACUAUAUUCAUAAAAAUAAUCAAUAUAUUACAUAAAAUAUAAUAUUACAUACACUAUAAAUAAGUUGUAUUAAAGAAGACAUUGUAUUUUACAUGUUUAUACAUUAAAUAUAUAAAAUCACUUUUUAAGA